AUGUCUAAAAAUAUAAUAGCAUUGGCAACAGCUUCUUCUAGAGUUGCUGCAGAAAUAUUGCCUGGUGGACGAACUGCUCAUUCAAGAUUUAAAUUUCCUCUUCAAAUAGACAACAACAUUUCAUGUAAUAUUAGCAAACAAUCAGGUUUAGCUAAAUUAUUACAAAUAACAAGACUCAUAAUAUGGGAUGAAGCUCCAAUGAUAAGUAAAUAUGCAAUAGAAGCUUUAGAUGUUGCAUUAAAAGAUAUAAAUGAUAGUAAUUUACCUUUUGGGGGUACAAGAGUACAGGUAACUAUCUAUGAUAGAGAGAUCGAUACAUUUGAGAACAGACUGAUCACCUUCAACAAAUAUUACAUAUCAAACGUACAAGUGAAAGAAAGCAAGGCGCAAUACCGAGUUGUAGACAAUCAAUAUGAAUGGGUGAUUAGUAGACAAACUUUGCUUGAAGAAGUUGAAGACAACAUAAUGCACACAAUGACAUAUUACAAUUUCACUCCUUUUCGUGAUUUGCCCCGCCAUAUGGAUCAAAUGACCUCAAUUGAUCUUUUGGCAGUUGCAAUAAUCCUCAAUCCCAAAAAACAAGUAUACAUCAGGAACAAUUUACAGGAAAUACAAGAAAUAAUACUUGUUAAUCAAGAGGAGAAGCCAAUAUUACUGACAUGCUGGGAUCAAUUUGCCACAGUUGACUAUGCUGCAAUUGAAGAUAUAAUCAGCACCAAACCUAUCAUUCUUGCAAUGCGUGUGAAAGUUACAUCCUUCAAUGGUGCAAUAAAAAUGAGGCCUAUCUUGAGGACCUGAUCAAUCAAAAAUCACAUAUACAAUCAUCCUCUAUUAUCACCGAGCCUCCACUAAAUCUUAUGACAACAAUAGAUGCUGUUACACCAACAGAGGAAAGAGCAUAUUGGGUUACAACAUCAGUUACAAUCAUAAAGCCAAAGCAAACACUAUGGUACAUGAUUUGUAAUAAAUGUAAAAAAUUCACAGGCGCUGAUGCAAAUCAACCUUUCACUUGUAAUAUUUGCUUGAAAAAAGAAUG